GGACUCUCAGGUGGACAUAUCAACCCAGCUGUCACGUUCGGUCUUUUCUUGGCCAGGAAGCUUUCGCUUACACGAGCUGUGUACUACAUAGUGAUGCAGUGCUUAGGAGCGAUCUGUGGAGCUGGUGUGGUCAAGGGGUUCCAACCUAAGCAAUACCAAGCUCUAGGAGGUGGAGCCAACACUGUAGCUCCUGGUUACACCAAAGGGAGUGGUCUCGGAGCUGAGAUUAUUGGAACCUUUGUCCUUGUUUACACCGUAUUUUCCGCCACUGACGCCAAGAGAAACGCUCGUGACUCUCAUGUUCCCAUUCUUGCACCUCUACCUAUCGGAUUCGCUGUGUUCUUGGUCCACUUAGCAACCAUCCCCAUUACUGGAACUGGAAUCAACCCAGCAAGGAGUCUUGGAGCUGCCAUCAUCUUCAACAAGGACAACGCUUGGGAUGACCAUUGGGUCUUUUGGGUCGGACCAUUCAUCGGUGCUGCGCUUGCUGCUCUUUACCACGUGAUAGUCAUCAGAGCCAUCCCAUUCAAGUCCAGAAGCUGA